AUAUGCUACUCCCUUAUGUAUGUCGCCGUGGUGGAGGCACCAGUUGUACGAAAGAGCAUCAACAACAGGUAUGUAGUCAUACAUAUUUGAUACGCACUCGAGCUUUGAAACACGGGUAGGUUCGAUGCUUUACGAUGUAGUCACCGCGCACAGCCGCUGGUGCCUAUGCACCACAACGCAUGAAUUUGAGAAAUUUGUCCAACCGUGGACUUACAAAACUCAAAGACCUACUUAUAACCCGGUUUCCGCCCCUUGGUUAAAAUGGCCAAACUGCAAAAAACGAAAAAAAAAACACAAAAUUCACAUUGUAGUUCGGAUUCUCUUUCUGUCCUUGACCUUCCCCUUCGAGUGUGAUCUUCCUAUUUUCCUGGCGGGCGACAAACGGACAGGCAAGUUAAGCAAAAAAGCACAGACAAAAAAAGAAACAAAACACAAAGUGUACACACACAGACACGGACACACAUCCUGACCAGAUCAAAACGUAUAGCUAUAAAACGAGCAGACACGCUGUCUCUUCCCCCUUUUUUUUCUUUUGAGUAUUGAGCAACACCAUCAGACGUUGGUCAUUGAUCCAUUGAGUUGAAUCCUCAAAGAGUUUGUAAGGAAGGAGAUCACAGAGCAAGGGAAAGACCCUAUCAAGAACA